CUCAGUGAGGCUGAUGCCGUGCAGCUAGCAGUAGGUAAUGAGUCUUUGUGCAGAGUGAAGCUCUUGUCGCUGAACAAUAAAGCAUACGGUACCAGCAAUAAAACACAGGGCUGGCAAAUUUAAGAAGAUUCCGCUGAACCAGGAAGAACAGUGCCUUUGGUGAUGCUGACACAUAUUAUAAAAUGAUAAUCAAUUUCUUUGGGAUUCUAAUGAAUAAAGACUGCAAGGACUAAGACUACAGCUAUUUGAACAGGUACAUGUGACAGCGCUGCAGCUAUGAGUGGAAUUUUAAAGAGGAAGUUUGAAGAAGUUGACGGCUCCUCGCCCUGCUCCUCCGUGCGGGAAUCUGAUGAUGAAGUUUCCAGCAGUGAAAGUGCUGACAGUGGGGACAGUGUCAAUCCAUCCACCUCUAAUCAUUUCCCCCCUUCCUCCAUCCUCAAAAGGGAGAAGCGGCUGCGGACGAAGAAUGUGCAUUUCAGCUGUGUCACCGUGUACUACUUCACCAGGAGGCAGGGCUUCACCAGCGUGCCCAGCCAAGGGGGCAGCACGCUGGGCAUGUCCAGCCGCCACAACAGCGUGCGCCAGUACACUCUGGGCGAAUUCGCCCGGGAGCAGGAGCGGAUCCACCGGGAGAUGUUAAGAGAACACCUCAGGGAGGAAAAACUGAACUCUUUAAAACUAAAGAUGACGAAGAACGGCACCGUGGAGUCUGAAGAAGCUAGCACUCUGACCGUGGAUGACAUUUCUGAUGAUGAUAUUGAUUUAGACAACACAGAGGUAGACGAAUACUUCUUCCUACAACCCCUGCCAACAAAAAAACGACGAGCGCUGCUGCGGGCGUCCGGAGUGAAAAAGAUCGAUGUGGAAGAAAAGCACGAGCUGCGAGCCAUCCGCCUGUCGCGAGAGGACUGUGGCUGUGACUGCCGUGUGUUCUGUGACCCAGAAACGUGUACCUGUAGCCUGGCGGGCAUUAAGUGUCAGGUGGAUCGAAUGUCUUUCCCGUGUGGCUGCACUAAAGAAGGAUGUAGUAACACAGCAGGUAGAAUUGAAUUUAAUCCUAUCCGUGUCCGGACUCACUUUUUGCACACAAUCAUGAAACUUGAACUGGAGAAAAACCGAGAGCAGCAGAUCCCUACGCUGAACGGCUGCCAUGGUGAGAUAAGUGCUCACAGUAGUUCCAUGGGCCCUGUGGCUCACUCCGUAGAAUAUUCUAUCACAGACAAUUUUGAGAUUGAAACUGACCCCCAGGCUGCAGUACUGCACUUGCAGUCCGCUGAGGAAUUAGAUUGCCAAGGAGAGGAGGAGGAAGAGGAGGAGGAGGAGGAGGAUGGGAGCAGCUUCUGCAGCGGUGUCACCGAUUCCAGCACUCAGAGCUUGGCACCCAGUGAGUCAGAUGAGGAGGAAGAGGAAGAGGAGGAGGAGGAAGAGGAAGAGGAGGAGAAAGGAGACAGUUUCAUGGAAGGUUUGGGUACCCAUGCUGAAGUUGUCCCUCUCCCUUCCGUCCUGUGUUAUUCUGAUGGCACCGCCGUGCACGAAAGCCACGCGAAAAAUGCUUCUUUUUAUGCCAACUCUUCAACUCUGUAUUACCAAAUAGAUAGCCACAUUCCAGGAACUCCUAACCAGAUCUCUGAGAACUAUGCUGAAAGAGAUACUGUCAAAAAUGGUACCCUCUCGCUGGUGCCUUACACCAUGACCCCAGAGCAGUUCGUUGACUACGCCCGACACGCAGAAGAGGCCUACGGCACCUCCCACUACCCAGCUGCCAACCCCUCUGUCAUCGUUUGCUGCUCGUCCUCGGAAAAUGACAGCGGUGUGGCCUGCAAUAGCUUAUAUCCCGAACACAGGUCCAGUCACCCUCAAAUGGAAUUUCACUCAUACUUGAAAGGCCCCUCCCAGGAGGGGUUUGUCUCUACAUUGAAUGGCAGCCACAUUUCAGAGCAUUCUGCUGAAAAUCCUUUGAGCCUUGCAGAAAAGAGCAGACUGCAUGAGGAGUGCAUCAAAUCACCCGUGGUGGAGACCGUCCCUGUCUAGUCACCUAAGUUAUUCUAGGACCAAGUCUUCUAUUUAAAGCACUGUAUUUAAUUGGAUUUCCUGGGCUCGUGGUUGUUUAAACUGAGGACCAAGAAAACUUGGACUGUGAUGAAUCUUCCAGACUGUACUUUGUUUUCCCCUUUCUAGCUGUGUGUCUGUGGCAUUGCACAAAUACAGUCUCUGUGAGGAUUUUAAACGAUUUCAGACUGUUUUGAUAGAAAAUGCUAAUUUUAAAAAAGCAUAGUUCACAAUUGCCUACCUGUCAAACUGUGUGAAACCUGCCAAGUUGUGUAGACCAGAGCUCCAAGUUUUGGAUUAUCGGGCCUGUGCAAAAUUGUUAACUAAGACUGGGAGAGAAUAAGAUUUAGAGUCCUACUUUUCGAUAUUAUCUGAAGAUGAUGGUGACUUUUUAAUGUAAACAUAAUUAUUGUAAGAAAAAGAUUUAAUUGUCCCACGUGUAUUUUAUUUAUGGUAGUUCGAAGUCAUGUUUUGAUGAAAAUGAGCAGCCGCAUGUUCUUUUAAGCUGAAGAUGCAUAGUUAGUACCACCGAGCAUGCCCACAUGGAUUGCAUCUGGAAUCCAUUCACGUUUUUACGAUCAUAACUGAUCAAAUUUGCAAAUACUUUCUUAAGGGUGAAAUAGGCCUAUUUUUGCUAUUUUGGACAAAUAAAUGAGUCUAUAUGUGCAGGUCCUUACACAGUUUUCUCUCAAGUUAAGAGUUAGGACAAUCCUUUGGGGAGGGUCUAGUUCAUUGCUCUCCCUCAAUUGACUCCAGCGAUGGAGGUAGAAGGAAUUGCCUUUCUUUUUUAAACAGCAUCAUCUUGGUUCUUACCUUGGACAGCACUUUUAAACUCUACUCCCCUCCAUCAAAAUGCACUUUAGUGCCCCUUCAUGGUAACUUGUGAGGGGUGGGGACUGAGAACUCUUUGAGAUGACAAAUUUUAAAA